AAAUCGCUUCCGCUUUUGUGGCAGUCACGGUCGAGGGCCGAACUAAAGUUGUGUGGCAUGAAUUAAUUCGAUCUUAAAAAAAUUAGGAUGUCUUCAGUAGCUGACAUGGUCGAACAGCUGAAGACAGCUAUCGACUCCAACCGGACUGACGUUAUCUGCACGGUCAUAUCAACGUGGAAAAAAAGCCCAUCUGAUGAAGACUUACUGCAGCAUGUACUCAAUGAGCCUCAACUGGAGAGUGGGACCUUACUUCACUAUGCUACCAAGGCUAACAAAGCUGACAUAGUCCGUGCCCUGCUGUCAAAUGGCGCCGAUCCCGGUAUACAGAACAGUGAAGGCAAACUACCACUGGACCUCGCUAAUGACCAGAUAAAGUUGGUGUACAAUGAAGAGUUACUGCAGUCAACAGCUCAGUCAAACCUGGGGAGAGUAUGCCAACUUUUGGCUGGAGGAGUGGACGUGAACUUGAAUGACACAGCUACCACGCAGAACACGCCGCUGCACUGGGCCGUCACAUACAGCACCGUCGACAUGGUGCAGUGUCUUUCAACCCGUGGAGCUAACCCCAAUUCUGUAAAUGCAGAAGGCCGCUCCCCACUCCAUGAAGCAGUGAGGAGAGGAGACAUAUCCAUCAUAUCUGUGCUUCUCAGCUAUGGGGCUGACCCAUCCCUCACAGUGAAAAAAGGCCCUGAUGUUGGGAAGACUGCUUUUGAGUUGGCCUCAGGGCUUGAGAAGGUUGAACAGCUGAUGAAUACGCCUCCCAGAAAACGUACCCUAUCAUCCGAGGCUGCUCAGCAGGAGCUCAACAACCAUAUAGAGAAGAGUCCACUGUCCAGAUUGGACAGUUCGGCAUCAGUGGAGAGUGGUGUGGGUGCAGGAGAUGGGGGUAUGGUCAACGGUACUGCCGCGAAUGGUGUUGAGUCCCCAGUCCCACAGCUCGCUUCGCCAUCGUUUAAGCCAAAGCCCCAUGUGUAUGAUGACCUGAUGAUGUCGCCGCUCCGAGCCGUGGUGACGGAGGAGAAGCUGAACCUGUUGUGGCCACAGCCACAGAGUAUUGUCCAGGGUGGUGGUCAGCCAUUUGUUAUUCAAGACCAUCUACCAGUCAUGGUAGCUGGAGGCCCCAUCUGUAGUCACACAAGAAUCAUCUCAGUGUGGGAGUCACACAAAGGCCAGUUUGAGGCAGUGGGUGUAAAGUUUGGUUUGGAGAUGUUGUCACCUCUAAAUAUAUGUGACAUGCCCCAUGUCCUGUGUCAUGUCAACCACAGGCUGUGCCAGAACAAGGGCUCUUACAAGAUUACCAUCUCUCCCAAACAGUUGAAGAUUGUGUGUGGGAGCCUGGAGAGCCUCAACUAUGCUCUGUGUACAGUGCUGCAGCUGCUGGAGCUCUACAGGACCGCGGAGGGAAUCUCCAUCCCGACAUUACUGAUCGAUGACUGGCCAACACUGCAUUAUCGAGGAGUGUUGUUGGAUGUGUCACAAGGACGAGUACCUAAUAUGGAAACACUCCAGGAACUACUGAAUACAUUGUCCUUACUGAAGAUGAAUCAAAUUUAUCUUUAUUCAAGAUUUAGAAGCAAAAACCCAACAGAGUGGCAGCUGUGUUACUCCAGAAGUGACCUGCUGCAUCUGGACAUGAUGUGUUCGGCCCGGGCCUUGCAGCUUGUGCCGGUCCUGGAGGUCGGUCCCAAGGUCCAGUUUGAAGAUCUCCCUCUUCUCUACACAGCAUUCCAGGACUUUGUGACAUGCUGCUCACAUUCAGAGUUUGUCAGUGCUGGACCUCGUCUGAGCAGUUUCCUUUUGGACGUGACAGAAGAUUAUCUGAACGUGAAUGAUGCGAGUCGGUUCUUGCCUUUGAGUCGAGACCAGACCCUGCAGCUGUGUGGCUAUCCCCUCCACGGCCUCAGCACAUCCCUACUUCAGCAGCUGCCUCCACAUAUUGUCUUUAAUGAGUUUGGCGUCAAGGCAGAUCAUGACUUUAACAGUUUCUGUGGUCCACUUGCUGAUCUUGGGAUCAGCUUCAUGGCCUGUCCCGGCACUGCAGCAUGGAACAGCUUGGCAGGAUGUCCUGAAGCAGCUCUAUGUAACAUCUUCAACGCCAUGAAGUGUGCAACGUCACAGGGAGCUAUGGGGAUGGUUGUAUGCAACUGGACAGGGAAAGGACACCUCACCCACCUCCCCUUCUCCUGGGCAGGUCUACUGAUGGCUGCUGGAUUGAGCUGGGGCACUGAUGUACACUGGGAUUUCAUCCUUGGCAACCUAGCUGACUUGUUGAACCAACAUGUGUAUAAAGACAGAGCGAUGGUGUUGGGACAUGCUCUGGUAGAGCUAGGAAGGGCAGAGACUUACCUCAUGCGUUGUGCGCGCAAUCAGCCAGGCAAUGAUGUGAGGGACUUGCCGGAUGAGCACGGAUCUGUCCUGUUCCAGUUUCUGUCUUCCCCUGAUGGUGUCCCCCUGGAAUACCUGGCUCCUGAUGUCAUACAGAGAGCCAUUCGUCACAUCAAGAAGUGCCAAGCAAUCCUACCUAAUGCAAGACUAGCCUGUGCACAGGCUGUCGAGAUUAUAGAAGAAAUCAACCUUACCUGUGACUUCAUGAUGUUAGCAGCAAAGGUUGGACGUGCCUUGGUCCUCUCAGGCAAGAAGCCCAACUCCAAGGAGUCUGGCUACAAUGUUGUCAACUUUGGGAUCAAUAUGCUUACACCCACAAACAAAACAGAUUUGGCAAACAGGCUCCUGGAGUUGAUGGAGAUCUACAAGAUGGUGUGGAACAAGCGCUACCUGCCUGAGCUGGGUCAGCAUGACUCGCUGCUGAUGCUGUCGAGUCUCCUCCGACAGCUGGUGCCAGACAAGAGCAAGGAGGAGCUGGACCACCUCACUAACACUCAGGAACUACCACAGUCAUAGGCUGGUCAUCCUUCCUGGUCAUCUAAUACCCACUCAGUCAGAAACAGUAGACUCAAUCAUGCUAACCAUGGACUGGACCCAAGAUCCUCACUUUCUACAAUAUUGGACAUCGCUAUUGUAGCUUGGGGACAACAUCCUCCAUGCAUUGACAUUUCUACUAACAUUGAAAUCAAAGCUGAACAUGUAGAUUCUUGCCAACUAAUUUUCACAUUGGAGGCAACUGCAGAGCUCCAGAUAUACCAAGUUUACGCAUUCAUUUUAUUGUGAUCUGGGUAGAAAGAGAAUUUCUCUUUAUCAAAUUGCUCAUAAUCUGUCAUCUGAUUGCUUUUCUAAAUACCAUAAAUUCUCAAAAAUAUAUCUGGGGUCCUGCAACAAAACCAACAACCUAUGAGUAUCACUGAAAACCUAAAUAUGUGUAAUUUAAGUUAAAUGUGCUUAUAUAAAGAAAAUGUUCAUAAAUCAAAGCUUAACAUAACUGCCAUCCCUCAUUAUCUAUAUUCUGAUUUCCCCCGCCGUGAUAUUGCUUGAAUAUUGC